GGAUAGUGAGGGAGAGAGAGGGAGAAAAGGUGAAGAAAGUUAAUCUGGUAGAGAGGACGGUGUGUAGAGGGUCGAUGUCUCUGAAGGGCUUGUAUGGUAUGUUUUUUUGCUUCUUUAAUUUCAGUGUCAUUUUUGAGCUUCAUUCAUUCACAAACAUCCGUUCGGUAACUUUAAUGCAUGUAUAGUACAACCGUAUGAGUGGACAAGGACUCAAUGGAAAGCCCAGCGAUAUGCAGCGCAUAGAGAAAAUACAACUGGUAUGGCAAUUUGAACUCAUAUCUAGGAAAUGAAACUGCGUGUGCAAUUGUGUGGCUGUGUCAUAUUUAAUCAUAUUGCUGGACAAUGGGGAUAGGAUAUUUUAUUUGGUUUACCCCUUAAAUGGAUGCGGUUCCUCGACUGCCGCAAAUAUUUUCCGGUUUCGAGUGUAGAAUUUUUUUUUUAUAUAUAUAUAUUUUUAAAGAGUGCCGGAGUAGCUGGAGUUUAUGUAUGAUACUCUUAGGAAGGAGAGAUUGAUUGACAGUUUGAAACCAACAUUUUGUUGAAAUGCUUAAAGAUUUAAAUAAUUAGAAAAUUGAAGCGCUUGUAAUUUAAUAUUUUUUGGGAAAUUUACAAAGUUUGAAGGAUAUUCCAAAUGUUGGAAUAUUUUGGUAUUAUGCUGGGAUAAAUUAAAUACCUGAGUCUGAUUAGCUCCUGGUCUUACUGUAAUGAGGAAUCAUCGCAGUCAUUAUUUUGCGCCGCAAUUGACACACCAAUCUGACAACACAGCAUUACUCUCUUAGAAAAAAGGCUUCCAAAAAGGUUAUUUGGCUGUCGUCUUUUUGAUUACAUUUGUAUAUUUUAGUCAUUUAGCAUAAGAUCUUAUCCAUAGUCCAGGGUCCUACAUGGAACCCAAAAAGGUUAUUCAAAGGGGUUCUCCUAUGGGCAGUGGUGUAAAGCCUACUUACGUAAAAAUACUUCAAAGUACUACUUAAGGAGUUUUUUUGGGUUAUCUGUACUUUACUUUACUAUUUAUGUUUUUGACAACUUUUACUUUUACUUCACUACAUUCCUAAAGAAAAUUAUGUAAUUUUUACUCCAAACAUUUUCCCUGACACCCAAAUGUACUCGUUACAUUUUUAAUGCUUAGCAGGACAGGAAAAUGGUCCAAUUCACGCACUUAUCAAGAGAACACCUGGUCAUCCCUACUGCCUCUGAUCUGGCGGACUCACUAAACACAAAUGCAUCAUUUGUAAAUUAUGUCUGAGCGUUGGAGUGUGCCCCAGGAUAUCUGUACAUUUUUAAAGAAUGGAAAUGGUGCCAUCUACUUUGCUUAAAAUAAGGAAUUUGAAAUUAUUUUUACUUUUACUUUUGAUACUUAUGUAUAUUUAGAACCAAAUACUUUUAGACUUUUACUCAAGAAGUAUUUUACUGGGAGACUUUAACUUUUAUUGAGUAACUUUCUAUUAAGGUAUCUAUACUUUUACUGAAGUAUCACACUUGGGUACUUUUUCCACCAAUGCCUACGAGGACAGCCGAAUAACCAUUUUAGGUUCUAGAUAUCACCUUUUUUUCUAAGAGUGUAUAGUGGUAAUGUAUGCAGAUAGUCUGAUGCAGAUGUUGCCAGAUUAAAUAAAAAUACACAAACAUUACAUCUGUGAUUCUGCUAUCUUUGUCAGAUUGCUAUUUUACAUAAAGACCAUAACAACAUAGAUGGAUUGAUAUUUCAAUGAUUAUUCUCUAAAGCAGGGUUCCCCAAGUUUUCUGAGCAAAAAAAAUAAUAAUAAAAAAAAAUAAAGAAUAUAUAUAUACUACCAGUCAAAAGUUUGGACACAGCUACUCAUUCAAGGUUUUUUUACAUUGUAGAAUAAUAGUGAAGACAUCAAAACUAUGAAAUAACAUAUAUGGAAUCAUGUAGUAACCAAAAAAGUGUUAAACAUAUCAAAAUAUAUUUUAUAUUUGAGAUUCUUCAAAUAGCCACCCUUUGCCUUGAUGACAGCUUUGCACACUCUUUUUUGCAUUCUCUCAACCAGCUUCAUGAGGUAGUCACCUGGAAUGCAUUUCAAUUAACAAGUGUGCCUUGUUAAAAGUUCAUUUGUGGAAUUUCUUUCCUUCUUAAUGCGUUUGAGCCAAUCAAUUGUGUUGUGACAAGGUAGGGGUGGUAUACAGAAGAUAGCCCUAUUUGGUAAAAUACCAAGUCCAUAUUAUGUCAAGAACAGCUCAAAUAAGCAAAGCGAAAUGACAGUCCAUCAUUACUUUAAGACAUGACGGUCAGUCAAUACGGAACAUUUCAAGAACUUUGAAAGUUUCUUCAAGUGCAUUUGCAAAAUCCAUCAAGCGCUAUGAUGAAACUGGCUCUCAUGAGGACCACCACAGGAAUGGAAGACCUGGAGUCAGCUCUGCUGCAGAGGAUAAGUUCAUUAGAGUUACCAGCCUCAGAAAUUGCAGCCCAAAUAAAUGCUUCAGAGUUCAAGUCACAGACACAUCUCAACAUCAACUGUUCAGAGGGGACUGUGUGAAUCAGAAAUUGAUGCUCGAAUUGCUGCAAAGAAACCACUACUAAAGGACACCAAUAAGAAGAAGAGACCUGCUUGGGUCAAAAACACGAGCAAUGGACAUUACAUUUACAUUUACAUUUUAGUCAUUUAGCAGACGCUCUUAACCAGAGCGACUUACAGGAGCAAUUAGGGUUAAGUGCCUUGCUCAAGGGCACAUUAACGUCAUUUAGCAGACGCUCUUAGCCAGAGCGACUCACAAAUUGGUGCGUUCACCCUAUAGCCAGUGGGAUAACCACUUUACAAUUUGGGGGGGGGGGGGGGGGGGGGGGGGGGGGGGGGUUAGAAGGAAUACUUUAUCCUAUCCCAGGUAUUCCUUAAAGAGGUGGGGUUUCAAAUGUCUCCGGAAGGUGGUAAGUGACUCCGCUGUCCUGGCGUCGUGAGGAAGCUUGUUCCACCAUUGGGGUGCCAGAGCAGCGAACAGUUUUGACUGGGCUGAGCGGGAGCUGUGCUUCCGCAGAGGAAGGGGAGCCAGCAGGCCAGAGGUGGAUGAACGCAAUGUCCUCGUUUGGGUGUAGGGACUGAUCAGAGCCUGAAGGUACAGAGGUGCCGUUCCCCUCACUGCUCCAUAGGCAAGCACCAUGGUCUUGUAGCGGAUGCGAGCUUCAACUGGAAGCCAGUGGAGUGUGCGGAGGAGGGGGGUGACGUGAGAGAACUUGGGAAGGUUGAACACCAGACGGGCUGCGGCAUUCUGGAUGAGUUGUAGGGGUUUAAUGGCACAGGCAGGGAGCCCAGCCAACAGCGAGUUGCAGUAGUCCAGACGGGACAUUAAACCGGUGGAAAUGUGUCCUUUGGUCUGGAGUCCAAAUUGGAGAUUUUUGGUUCCAACUGCUGUGUCUUUGUGAGACGCGAUGUGGGUGAACGGAUGAUCUCCGCAUGUGUAGUUCCCACCGUAAAAAAUAGAGGAGGAGGUGUUAUUGUGUGGGGGUGUUUUGCUGGUGACACUGAUUUAUUUAGAAUUCAAGGCACACUUAACCAGCAUGGCUACCACAGCAUUCUGCAGCGAUACGCCAUCCCAUCUGGUUUGGGCUCAACAGGACAAUGACCCAACACACCUCCAGGCUGUGUAAGGGCUAUUUUACCAAGAAGGAGAGUGAUUGAGUGCUGCAUCAGAUAACCUGGCCUCCACAAUCCCCCGACCUCAACCCAAUUGAGAUGGUUUGUGAUGAGUCGGACGGCAGAGUGAAGGAAAAGCAGCCAACAAGUGCUAAGCGUAUGUGGGAACUCCUUCAAGACUGUUGCAAAAGCAUUCCAGGUGAAGCUGGUUGAGAGAAUGCCAAGAGUGUGCAAAGCUGUCAUCAAGGCAAAGGUUGGCUAUUUGAAGAAUCUCAAAUAUAAAAUAUAUUUAGAUAUGUUUAACACUUUUUUGGUUACUACAUGAUUCCAUAUGUGUUAUUUCAUAGUUUUGAUGUCUUCACUAUUAUUCUACAAUGUAGAAAAUAGUAAAAAUAAAGAAAAACCCUUGAAUGAGUAGGUGUGUCCAAACUUUUGACUGGUACUGUAUAUACUUUUUGGUUUCGUUGUAGGACAUAAAAGACUGUAAAAACACCAGGAAAUCAGCUCCAAGUGAUUUUCAUUUAAGAAAUCUGUUCCUAAGUAUUCCCACGCAUAAUAGAGAGACACGUGAUUGUAAACAAAUGUCAGCAAGGUUUGAAAAUAUUUUUUUUUUGCAAACAUUAUACUGUAUCUGUUUGGGCUUCUUGUGGUGAAUUUGCAGUCUACACAUGAUUUGUAAUUGUGUUCCAGCCCCCCGACAAUCCGCUCAAGAACAAAUCGGCCCGCGGCUGAAUCUAGUUGAUGAUUCUUGCUCUAAAGUAUCCAAAAAUCAAUCAUGGAAACGAGACAGACAUCAGAGGUGCGUUCAGUUCGCUUGAACGUUUGCUAUGUUGCUGAACGGUUUUAUACUGAACAACACAUUUCCCCAAAACGUCCUUGAACAGAGUUUGAGGUAUGUUUGCUCCCGUUUGGUGGGUGUGGCGAGGUGUGGCUUGAAGCAAUGUGUGACGUAUUUAAAGGGCAGUGGUCAUGCUGACAGCGUUCCCCAACUCACAACCCAACCCCUCCCUGUUUUUAAACUAGGUCGUUCAGUACAGCACCGUUUAUGUUCAAUUGAAUGAUCCAGAAUGUAAAAACGUACUGAACGCAGCCCAGACCAGUACACUAAACCAUCCGUAUAGCAUGAUGAUGAUGAUGAGUGUGAUGAUGCGGAAGAUUGUGAUUAUGAAGUUUGUGACAAUGAUAAAGAUUGUGACGAUGAUAUGAUGAUGACAAUGAUGACGAUGAUAGGACGACGAUCGUGUGGAUGAUUGUGAUUGUGAUGAUGCAAAAUAUUGUGAUGAUGAUGCUAAAGAUUGUUGUGACGAUGUUGAUGAUGACGAUGAUGAUCGUCAUCGUUGAUGAUAAUGGUCUGUUUACGAAGUCCACAUAGUCCAAUGUAUACAGUGGGGAGAACAAGUAUUUGAUACACUGCCGAUUUUGCAGGUAUUCCUACUUACAAAGCACGUAGAGGUCUGUAAUUUUUAUCAUAGGUACACUUCAACCACGAGAGACGGAAUCUAAAACAAAAAUCCAGAAAAUCACAUUGUAUGAUUUUUAAGUAAUUCAUUUGCAUUCUAUUGCAUGACAUAAGUAUUUGAUCACCUACCAACCAGUAACAUUUCCGGCUCUCACAGACCUGUUCGUUUUUCUUUAAGAAGCCCUCCUGUUCUCCACUCAUUACCUGUAUUAACUGCACCUGUUUGAACUCGUUACCUGUAUAAAAGACACCUGUCCACACACUCAAUCAAACAGACUCCAACCUCUCCACAAUGGCCAAGACCAGAGAGCUGUGCAAGGACAUCAGGGAUACAAUUGUAGACCUGCACAAGGCUGGGAUGGGCUACAGGACAAUAGGCAAGAAGCUUGGUGAGAAGGCAACAACUGUUGGCGCAAUUAUUAGAAAAUUGAAGAAAUUCAAGAUGACGGUCAAUCACCCUCUGUCUGGGGCUCCAUUCAAGAUCUCACCUCGUGGGGCAUCAAUGAUCAUGAGGAAGGUGAGGGAUCAGCCCAGAACUACACGACAGGACCUGGUCAAUGACCUGAAGAGAGCUGGGACCACAGUUUCAAAGAAAACCAAUAGUAACACACUACGCCGUCAUGGAUUAAAAUCCUGCAACGCACGCAAGGUCCCCCUGCUCAAGCCAGCGCAUGUCCAGGCCCGUCUGAAGUUUGCCAAUGACCAUCUGGAUGAUCCAGAGGAGGAAUGGGAGAAGGUCAUGUGGUCUGAUGAGACAAAAAUAUAGCUUUUUGGUCUAAACUCCACUCGCCGUGUUUGGAGGAAGAAGAUGGAUGAGUACAACCCCAAGAACACCAUCCCAACCGUGAAGCAUGGAGGUGGAAACAUCAUUCUUUGGGGAUGCUUUUCUGCAAAGGGGUCAGGACGACUGCACCGUAUUGAGGGGAGGAUGGAUGGGGCCAUGUAUCGCGAGAUCUUGGCCAACAAUCUCCUUCCCUCAGUAAGAGCAUUGAAGAUGGGUCGUGGUUGGGUCUUCCAGCAUGACAACGACCCAAAACACACAGCCAGAGAAACUAAGGAGUGGCUCCGUAAGAAGCAUCUCAAGGUCCUGGAGUGGCCUAGCCAGUCUCCAGACCUGAACCCAAUAGAAAAUCUUUGGAGGGAGCUGAAAGUCUGUAUUGCCCAGCGACAGCCCCGAAACCUGAAGGAUCUGGAGAAGGUCUGUAUGGAGGAGUGGGCCAAAAUCCCUGCUGCAGUGUGUGCAAACCUGGUCAAGACCUACAGGAAACGUAUGAUCUCUGUAUUUGCAAACAAAGGUUUCUGUACCAAAUAUUAAGUUCUGCUUUUCUGAUGUAUCAAAUACUUAUGUCAUGCAAUAAAAUGCUGGGCCAAUUGUGCGCCGCCCCCAUGGGUCUCCCGGUCGCGGGACAGAGCCUCCAUCAUUUCUACAUGUUAACACACAUAAUAUAUUUUAUGCAAUGUCUAUGUAAUGUCUUAAUAUGUCCUUAUUUUUCUAUUGCCCAUUCUUAACAAGUAAAGUACAAACAACAUUAAACAAUGAAAUUGGGAGAAGCUCCUUCCCUCAGUAAGAGCAUUGAAGAUGGGUCGUGGCUGGGUCUUCCAGCAUGACAAUGACCCGAAACACACAGCCAGGGCAACUAAGGAGUGACUCCGUUACAAGCAUCUCAAGGUCCUGGAGUGGCCUAGCCAGUCUCCAGACCUGAACCCAAUAGAAAAUCUUUGGAUGGAGCUGAAAGUCCGUAUUGCCCUGAAAACUGAAGGAUCUGGAGAAGGUCUGUAUGAAGGAGUGGGCCAAAAUCCCUGCUGCAGUGUGUGCAAACCUGGUCAAGACCUACAGGAAACGUAUGAUCUCUGUAAUUGCAAACAAAGGUUUCUGUACCAAAUAUUAAGUUCUGCUUUUCUGAUGUAUCAAAUAUUUAUGUCAUGCAAUAAAAUGCAAAUUAAUUACUUAAAAAUCAUACAAUGUGAUUUUCUGGAUUUUUGUUUUAGAUUCCGUCUCUCACAGUUGAAGUGUACCUAUGAUAAAAAUUACAGACCUCUACACGCUUUGUAAGUAGGAAAACCUGCAAAAUCGGCAGUGUAUCAAAUACUUGUUCUCCCCACUGUAUACAAUAUGUAAUCUCAAACUUUGCUGACUAUAUGGAUUCCAUUGUCUAAACCUAUUGCCAUGUAAUAUGAAAUGUUUCUACAUAAAGGAGAUUACAUCAAGAACAGUGAUUUCUGACAAAUAUUACUGUAGAUUGUUGCCCCUUAAUUACUCCUUCCGAUACUAAUCCAAGUGAUUUGUCUUGCUCUAUAGGUGGUUGGACAGACGUUACGAGCGUGGGAUUAAACAGAUUUACCUAGUACAGGGAGAUUAACACAGAUUAAUGAGGAUUACGGGUCAACUGUGAGAUAGAUUGAGAGAUUGGACUAAUCAUUAAAUCAAAUCAUAAUCUUCCUAAGAAAGCCAGGAAGAACUGAAUGUUUCCUGAGAAAAAGAAAGAAGACAGGAGAAAAGGAUUAGUGGUUGUAUAAAACGUGGUAAAAUUGAAGCGUUUAUCUUCCAGGACACAACUGUAUACCUGUAAACACAUGCCAAAUCCAUGUCAUGAUACUGGAAACAUGGGAUGUAGCAUACGGACGAAACAUUUAAAAUGUAAGAGAAAUUAAUUUAUUAUAUAUUUUCUUCCCAAAUCUAAAGCUGAAAAGCUGUUUGUCUGAUUGCCUCAGUUCAAUGACUGCUUUGAUUUGCAAAUUAAUCAUCACAAGUCAUUAUUGAGGGACCACAUCUGGAUCAGCGUGUAAAGGGUGGAGGAAUAUCGAAAGGGCUAGUUGAAGAAGAGAGUGACAGAGGCUAGCCCUCAUCCAAUCCAUCGGUCUCGGCCAGUAAAUCCUCUAAAUUCAUUUUACUCUGCUCCAUUUCCCCCCGACCCCGUGUUGUUGUUGUUUCUUCUUCUUCUUCUUCUUCUUCUUCUUCUUCUUCUUCUUCUUCUUCUUCUUCUUCUUCUUCUUCUUCUUCUUCUUCUUCUUCUUCUUCUUCUUCUUCUUCUUCUUCUUCUUCUUCUUCUUCUUCUUCUUCUUCUUCUUCUUCUUCUUCUUCUUCUUCUUCUUCUUCUUUCUUCUUCUUCUUCUUCUUCUUCUUCUUCACUCCCAUUUCUCUACAUCGCUCCAUUCCAUUUCCCUCAUUCUGCCUUGUCAUUGAGUCUGCCCACAGUUGCCUCCUCAUCAUUGUCACUGCCCUCACUCUAGCUGAUCUCUCGUCAGUCCUCUGUCAUCCCUGUACCCAUCCUCUAACCAGCCCCAUCACCCUGUUUCACCAUCAUUCGUCUCAAACUCCUCUUGAGACACCCUAUCUCUCGCUUCUUCUUUCCCCCGACCUGUCUCCCACCUCUCUGUCUGUCCAUCGGAGGGCCACUAUUUCUCCUAGAAGUGGCCUUCGCCCCACACCCAUAAGCCACCAUGCUGGAGAACAUGUCACGAUGCAAACGCUCCCUGCUCUCCCUAUCCCUGACCUCGCUGGCCCUGGCACUGUCCAUCCUGGCAUUCUGUACCUCGUACUGGUGCGAGGGGACCCACAAGGUUGCCAAGCCCCUCUGCCUCUCCCCGGUCAAGUUGAAGAACUGCGGGCAGAACAACAGCCAGCCAUACACCACAGGUAGGGAAAUUAUUCACCUAUUCAUCUGUGCAAGAACGAAUGUGGAGCUCGGUACCUAAAUAAUGAUUUGUUUCCCUCGCUCUGUACUUGUGGACUCAACCAUGUUGAACCAACACCUGAACAUGAAUCCUGACACUGAUAAUUCUUGCUGUUUAGAUUUGUCAGGGGAACCCUAAACCCCUUGACAUAAAGUCCACCUUUCCCUUUUUUGCAAUCCUUCUCUGAACAAUCUACUGUAUAUCAACAGAAAGCACACAGAGCUCUGUUGACAUAGUCUAAUGUAUGUCAUCUCAAACUUUGUUGAAUAUUGUUGUCUAAGCCUAUUGCCAUGUAAUAUGCAAUUUUCUACAUAAGGGAGAUUGUCAAAAACAGAGAUUUCAGACAGAUUUUGCUGUAGAUUGUUGCCCAUUCAUUCCAUUGACACGAGGGGGCGGUUUAUGGACUCAUGGGGACUUUUGACCUCUGUCCCUGAAGAAUAUUAAAUUAUGGUCUUGUUAUGCCUUUGAAGAACAUGGUUGAAAGAUGUGUGUUUCUGGAGUUUAUUGUAGAAAAACAUUACAGUAAUACGGUAUGUAGACUAGACGCAUAUAUAUCUUGCCUAAAACUGUCCAACCGUUCCUGUCCCAAUUACCCUCUUACCCUCUCUUUUCCUCAGAGAGUCCCACUCUGGACCCUAAGAAGCCGUCAAACAACAUCACCUUGUCGGAAAAGGAAGAGCAGGCGAGGCUUCAGAAAAAGGCCCUUGCCAAUGCAGUGCACUACAUCUGGGAGACAGGCGAGGAUAAGUACAUGCUACGCUACUUCCACACAGGUUUCUGGUUGUCCUGCGAGGCACACAACGAGGGUGAGUAUUGGGUAACAAGGCCGAAACAUUGGGUCUUUAUCCAGGCCAUUGUUUGAAUAAGCUUGAACUUUAUAGAAAGGGGGGUUAAGUAGCCUUCAUCCCAAGAACCUAAUGAUGCUUGGUUCUUGUACUGUAAGAUCCAAUCUCCUCAAUGAAUGUACUUGCUAUGACUGUGAUAUGUGAUAUGUGGUUGUCUCACCUAGCUAUAAUGAAUGAAUGCACUAAGUAAGUCGCUCUGGAUAAGAGCAUCUCCUAAAUGACUAAAAUGUAAAUGUAAAUGAAUCCCUAGCCUUAGCUAGUAAUUGCUUGACACAGAGAACUUAAUUGGAACAGUGAAUAAAACAGGAGACAGCUCUUGUUUUAGGCUGUUGAUCUACAGAACCUUGAUUGAGUCCAAUCUUACAAUAGAGUCGGACCUAGGACUUUGCCUUGUGGAACCCCAAUAAUGACUGGACACUAGUAAUUAGAAUGCACUAUAAUGUCGAUACAUAUAUCAGCAAUUGCCAUUGUGUCUUUGAAUGUGGCUGUUUUGCUGUUCCACUGUCAAUCUAUCUCUGCAAGACUGGUUGCUUUAACACCGUACGCAUCCACUGAUCUGGGAUAGUCCCUAAUCAACCGAGGCUAUUUAGAAGUAAAUUAUCACAAGCGGGUGCACUGUUAAUAAUUUAAUCAUCUUUAAUGUUGACAAUGUAUACUCAAGAGUCAGUGAAGGCAAACUCAAAGGAAUUUCUUCCAAUGUCGCCUUAGGACUAAUUUGCUAAAUCACUGUAGAGAGGGGAGAGUUAGAGCUCUUGUCUUGAGCCUAGAUAGAGAACAUCUGGUGGAUUUCUCCCUCUUCUCAAUGUGGCUUAUUCUACUUUAGAAAGUGUCCCCUUCCGAUUGCCCAUGCCAAUUUUAAGAUCUCACAACAGACACUCAAGGGAUCUAAAAUUAAAUCAGUAUGUAAAUCUUCUUGACAAGGCCCUAAAAGAUACAGUACAUGUGAAUAUACUGACUUAAGUUUUAUUUGUUGCUAAUCACAUUAUAUUUGUCUUACAGAGGAGAAGUGCCGGAGCUUCAUUGAAUUGACUCCAGGGGAGACACAAGGUUUGUGCUCAUUGAAAGUACAUAUAGGUGAUGCUAAUACGUCACCAUUAAAUUGCGGGUCGUCAAGUCAAAUAAGCACUGUAUGCCAACUUUUUCUCUCUCUACCUCUCUCCAAUCUUAAUUGUCCCAUUUUCUCUCUUUCUAUCGCUCUCUUCCUCAAUCUAUCGCUCUCUCUCUCUGACAGGGGUGCUAUGGCUGUCAGUAGUAUCAGAGUUUGCGUACAUAGGCCUUUUGGCCAUGGGCUUUCUCCUCAUGUGGGUGGAGGUGCUGUGUCUCUGUGCCCGUAAGGAGAUGUACGCUCUCAAGAUCAAUGCCUUUGCCGCUAUAUGCACUGUCCUUUCAGGUGAGACAGCCAUGACUAACAGAACUUUCUCUUAUCACCAAUGUUAACAAGGUAAAGCAUUGAUUAUUCGAUGUUGGUCAAAUAAAUAAGGAGAUUGUCCGCAAAUAAAUCACCCUUUCUCACUCUUCCUCCCCCUCUCUCUCACAGGUCUGAUGGGGAUGGUGGCUCAUAUGAUGUACACCACAGUGUUCCAGAUGACUGUGAGCAUUGGGCCAAAAGAUUGGAGACCACAGACCUGGGACUACGGCUGGUCAUUUGUGUAAGUAUCCCUUUAGGCAUAGUUCACCCAAAUUACAAAAUUGCUUAUUUGUUCCCUUACCCUGAAAGCAGUCUUUGGAAAUGGAGAUACUACAAUCCAUGAUUUGGUUUGUUUACCUAGGCACUGUCUCCAACCGUUAACUUAAGCAUUUUCUAACCACAAUCCAAUGGAAAACAGUGGAGUCUGGAAUUAUUGGAUCCCUUUAUAAAGAUGAGCAAAAAACCCUGUAUAAAAUUAAUAAUACAAUACUGAGCUAUAUUGUAUGCACACUUUUUUUUUUUUAGAAUUGUAUUAUUUUAAACAAAUACAAUUUCUCAGAGAAAGAGAUUGUGUUUAUCAACUAGUACAAAUCUCAAAAAGAUAGGGGUCAAAAUGAUUGGAUCCCAUGUUUUCAAUACUCCAGCAUCCUCUCCUUGCAAGGAUAAUGACACUGAGAAUUGUUCUAAAAUGUUUUAUGAGAUUGGAGAACACAUUGGGAAAGAUCUUAGACCAUUCCGCAAUACAGAAUCUUUCCAAUUCCUUGAUAUCCUUAGUCUGUGCUUAUGGACUGCCUUCUUCAAUUCAAACCACAGGUUUUCAAUGGGAUUCAAAUCCAGAGACAGAGAUGGCCAUUGCAAAAUGUUGAUGUUGUGGUCAAUUAACAAUUUCUUUGUGGAUUUUGAUGUGUGCGUGGCCAAAGACCUCUAUGUUGGUGUCAUUUGACCAUUGCACCAGUUCCAAUCCAAGUGCUAAUGCCAUAUAGCAAACUCCAGGCGGUGUUAUGGUCAGAUGACAUGAAAAUAGAGCUCUUUGGCCAUGCACACCAACGGUGGGUUUGGCCUUCGAAAGAACAAUGCCUAUGCAGAAAAUACCUAAUCCCUAUUGUAUAAUAAGUAUCAGGACAUUUUAGCCAAAAACCUGGUUGCCUCUGCCAGGAGGCUGAAACUUGGCAACAAGUGAAUCUUCCAGCAAGACAAUAAUCCUAAACACACGUCAAAAUCCACAAAUAAAUAGUUAAUUGAUCACAAAAUCAAUAUUUUGCAAUGGCCAUCUCAGUCUCAGGACUUGAACCCCAUCGAAAACCAGUGGUUUGAAUUGAAGAGGGCAGUCCAUAAGAGCAGACUAAGGAUGUCAAGGAUCUGGAAAUAUUUUGUAUGGAGGAAUGGUUUAAGAUCCCUCCCAAUGUGUUCUCUAAUUUCAUAAAACAUUUUAGAGAAAGACUCAGGGACCUUAUCCUCGCAAGGAGAGGGUGCUGGAGUAUUGAAAACAGGGGAUCCAAUAAUUGUCUUUUUGAGAUUUUUUUGUAUUACUGGUUAAACAAAAUCUAUUUUUUUCAAUUGUAUUAGUAUAAAAUAAUAUAAUACAAAAAAAAAUGGAGCAUACAAUAUAGCACAGUAUUUGUAUUGUUUAUUUUAUACAGAGUUUUUUGCUCAUCUUUAUCAAGGGAUCCAUUAAUUCCAGACCCCACUGUAUGUACCCGAUAUCAGCAUUGUUUAAAACUUCUAGGCCAUAUUUACAGCCUAUUCAUAACCAAUGAUUACCAUCCUUUCUCUCUCUUACCCCCAGUCUGGCCUGGAUCUCCUUCAGCUGCUGCAUGGCGGCGGCUGUCUUCACCCUCAACUCCUACACCAAGACACUGAUAAAGAUGAAGCACCGCGCCCGCGUUCGUCUGGAGGAGGCCCGGGCGGCCAUCCAUGCACCCUCGUACGACGAGGUGUUGCAGGCGGUCGGGGGCGUCUGCUCAGUCAGCAGCCUGCUCCAGCACUGCCAGCAGGGGGCGUUGAUCGACCCCACGUGUGAGGGAAGGUGGCCGCCGGUGGGCCCCGGCCCAGGGGUUCCAGACCACAGAGGGCUGGUGAUGAUGGCUGGUGGCUGUGGGACAGAGGGGUGCGAGGACUGCGAGAGGGAGAUGGAUGAGAUUGAGGAAGCCCUGGUUAGGGAAGAGAGGGGGGAGAUGGAGGGAGAGGACUGUGAGAGGUUCUGA